ACAGGCCUUGGAACAACAGCACCGCGCCUACCUAAUUCAAAGAACUCCGACGAAUCCAAAUUACACAGAGCACUGUUGAAGGAUUAUGAUAAGUUAACUCGCCCAAGAUCUGAUGCACGAGACACUGUAGAUGUUGAUGUAUCCCUGUGGUUGUGGCAGAUUAAAGAACUGGAUGAGACACACGAGAUGUUGAAAACAAUAUGCUUCAUCAGAUGUGUAUGGACAGACGAAUUUCUACAAUGGGUCCCAGAAGAAUUUUCAAACGUAACCGAAUUAGUUGUUCCUGCAGAGAAAAUUUGGCUUCCAGAUAUCUUUCUAGAAAAUAGUGCCAACAAAUUGAUCGAUUCCUCC